UUUCCAUUCGUGCCUGUCUGUGGCAGUCUGCGGAGGGAAGAGCAGUCUGCGGAGGGAAGAGCUGGUAGAAGCACUCUGCUACAGGACUAAGCUCUAUUUUCAAAUAUAUAGAGCCAGCCUGGAUUCUGCCUUCCCUCUCCUGGCUUCUCCAGUGAGCUGCUCUGCUCAAUCUGUGCUGAGAUCUCCUUUUGAUCUGGGCACCUGUUCCAACUCAUCAGCCAGGUGAAGGUGAUUCUUUCUCUGUCUCCCUUAGCUAUUGUUUUGGGGCUUCUUUUCCUCCCUCCCUCCCUCCUCUCUGUGUUCAGCCCUGCCUCAUGCUUUGAGUGAGUGGGUUUGGCUGUGGCUUGCAGUGCGCGUGGAGCUCCAGAAUAUUCCUCACUAGAGUGAAGGUGUGGAACACUGGAGUAGAAUACUGAGACAGAACAGUGAGGUGUUUUGGUGAGGUAGAAUUAUUUUGUAGAAUACUGAUUUAGAACACUGAGGUAGAAUUUCUGAGUAGCGUUCUGAGCUGGAACUUUUGCAAUAACUUUAAUUCUGAAGUAGAAUACUGUGGUGGAAUACUUGAUCGGAAUACUGAGCUAGAAGUAUUUUGUGGAACAUUGAAAUAGGUACUGUAGAGUAGGGAGGAUGGGGGGUCAUACUGCAGUGGUGUGUUUAGUUCUGCUGGCCCUAUGCUGUGUGCUACUGCUAAGAGGAGGGGAGAGCGCAGGAGGCAUAGUCUCUAUAGGCCAGGCUGUGGAGGAGAGAGGGAUGGAUGGAGGAAUGGAGGCCCUACAUGGAGAGGAGUCCCAGGAUGAGCCGGCUAAAGAACAGGAGCUCACAGAGACGCAAAGACAGACUGGCAAGGCAAAGAGAGCCACAGAGGAAGAAGCCGUAUCAGCCCGGGUCAGGAGAGCACCAGAGGAGGAGGAGGGCAAAGGGAAGAAAAAAAAGGGUAAGAAGGACAAGAAGAACAAGGAGUCUAAAGCAGACAAAAAGCUGAAGGACAAGGGAGGCCGCCGCGGCAAAGCACCAACAACUCCACCACCGACCACUACCACACUACCACCGACCACUACCACUGAGGUGUACACAGAGCCAGAGGAUGACUACUGGAACCCUGAUGAUGAUAAGCCAGCCACCCCAGAGACUGACUCAGAGGAUGACUACUGGAACCCUGAUGAUGAUAAGCCAGCCACCCCAGAGAAUGACUCAGAGGAUGACUACUGGAACCCUGAUGAUGAUAAGCCAGCUACCCCAGAGACUGACUCAGAGGAUGACUACUAUAACCCUGAUGAUGAUAAGCCAGCCACCCCAGAGACUGACUCAGAGGAUGAGUACUGGAACCCUGAUGAUGAUAAGCCAGCCACCCCAGAGACUGACUCAGAGGAUGAGUACUGGAACCCUGAUGAUGAUAAGCCAGCCACCCCAGAGACUGACUCAGAGGAUGAGUACUGGAACCCUGAUGAUGAUAAGCCAGCCACCCCAGAGACUGACUCAGAGGAUGAGUACUGGAACCCUGAUGAUGAUAUGCCAGCCACCCCAGAGACUGACUCAGAGGAUGACUACUGGAAGGGAGAGGAGGAGGAGCCUGCAGGCCCAGUGGUCGACCCAGAAGAUGACUAUUGGAAGGGAGAGGACCCGACGGCCACAUCCCCCCCUCUUGUGGUGGAUGGAGAGGUGGACACGGGAGAUGAAGACUACUGGGAAGCCAAAUAUGAGGUGCCCGAGAAUCUUCCUUUCCCUGACGGUAAAGAGGUCGUCCCCACAGAGAAAGAUGACUUGAGCUACGCUGUCACAGAGGAUUCUAUUACACCACCACCUACCCAUGAAAGCCCAUGGUACGAGGAGUAUGACUAUGGAUAUAGUGGUGGAGAGACAAAAAAACAGGAGGAGGAGGAGGAGAGGGAAAGACAAAGGAAAGAAAAGGAGAGAGAGGACAGAGAGAGAGCUCAGCAGAGGAGGGAGAAGGAAGAUAGGGAAAAAGCCAAGAAGAGACCACCCGUAUUCAAAGAGCCCAAAAAGUGUCCUCCCCUGGGUAUGGAGUCUCACAGGAUAGAAUCAGACCAGCUGCUGGCCUCCUCCAUGUCUCACCACCGUUACAGCCAGGGCAGGGCACGGCUCAACAUGCAGGCUUCAGAGGAUGAGGACGACAUGCAUGGUGGGGCGUGGUGUCCUAACCAAGAGGACAACAUUCACUGGUUUGAGAUUGACGCUCGCAAAGUAACAGAGUUUACUGGGAUCAUAACACAAGGACGAGACUCACGCAAUGAGAGUGACUUUGUGACAUCGUACUAUGUGCAAUUCAGUAAUGACAGCAGAGAAUGGACAACCAUGAAUGACGGUUACUCUGACUGGUUGUUCUUUGGUAACUCUGAUAAGGACACCCCAGUGCUGAAUCAGUUAGCUGAGCCCAUACUAGCUCGCUACAUCAGAGUCAUCCCUCAGAGCUGGAACGGCAGUUGCUGUAUGAGGCUGGAGGUGCUGGGAUGCCCACUGCCUGACCCCACCAGUGCCUACCAGAGGUUGCAGAAUGAGGUGACUCCAGUCCAGUACCUGGACUUCAGACAUCACAACUACUCAGAUAUGGUCACGCUGAUGAAGUCUGUGUCCGAGGAGUGUCCCAACAUCACCAGUAUGUACAGCCUGGGCCGCAGCUCCAAUGGACUAGACAUCGUGGCCAUGGUGAUAUCAGGCAACCCCACAGAACAUGAGAUAGGUGAGCCAGAGUUCCGAUACACGGCUGGUCUCCAUGGAAAUGAGGCAACAGGGCGGGAGAUGGUUCUUCUUCUGAUGCAGUACCUUUGUAAGGAGUACAGAGACGGCAACCCCAGAGUGCGUCGCCUGGUGGAGGGAAUGCGUACCCACCUGGUGCCCUCUCUGAAUCCUGACGGACAGGAGAAGGCCCUCAUAGCGGGUUCAGAGUUGAGUGGUUGGACCACAGGCCACUGGACGGAGGACGGCCAUGACAUCUUCCACAACUUCCCCGACCUGAACAGUGUUCUGUGGGAGGCAGAGGACAAGGGUAUGGUGCCCAAACUGACCCCCAAUCACCAUGUCAAGAUCCCUGCUGACACAGUGGGGGACGACAAGAUAGCUGUGGAGACUCAAGCCAUCAUCUCGUGGAUGGAGAGCCACCCGUUUGUACUGGGGGCCAACUUCCAGGGAGGGGAGAGGGUAGUGGCCUACCCCUACGACAACCACCGCCUAACCAAGGCCGCCAGCACCAGCGAGAGAGACCGGGCACACAGCCGCAAGAAGAGACAGUUCGAGGAUGAGUAUGACAGAGGGGCAGAUUGGGAUAGAGGCUACGACCGUGAGGAGCCAGAGGAUGAUGAUAGAAACAGGGGAUACCAGGAACCAGAAGAAGAGCGUUGGAACAGGGGAUACCAGGAUCCCGAAGAGGACCGGCGGAACAGGGGAUACCAGGAACCAGAAGAGGACCGGCGGAACAGGGGAUACCAGGAACCAGAAGAGGAGCGUUGGAACAGGGGAUACCAGCAGCCGGAAGAGGACCGAUGGAACAGGGGAUACCAGGAACCAGAAGAGGAGCGUUGGAACAGGGGAUACCAGCAGCCGGAAGAGGACCGGCAGAACAGGGAGCUGGAGGAGGAGUGGAGGGGGCAGGGCUAUGGCCACAGAGAAGAGGAAGAGGAGGAUAACAGAGGGGGACAUCAGGAAGCAGAGCCUGAGGAUGAACCCAGGACCACGGCAGACGCCUCCUUUUUCAGGUGGCUGGCUAUCUCCUACGCCUCCACUCACCUGUCCAUGACAUACACUUCCCAUGGCUCCUGUCACGGCGAUGACAUCACUGGCGGCGUCGGAAUCAUCAACCGCGCCAAGUGGAAGCCCAUCACAGGAAGUAUGAAUGAUUUCAGCUACCUGCACACUAACUGUCUGGAGCUGUCAAUGUUCCUGGGCUGUGAUAAGUUCCCCCAUCAGAGUGAGCUGGUCAUUGAGUGGGAGAAGAACAGAGAGGCCAUGCUCACCUUCAUGGAGCAGGUACAUCGUGGGAUCAGGGGCGUGGUGAAAGACAAUGAGGGGAACCCCAUCACUAAUGCCACAGUGUCUGUAGAGGGGGUCAACCAUGAUGUCACUACAGCUGUAACAGGGGACUACUGGCGCUUGUUGAACCCAGGUGAGUACCGUGUGACGGUGCGGGCAGAAGGCUUCACCCCCCUGACCAAUCUGUGUGUGGUGGGCUACGAGCCAGGGGCAACUACCUGCAGCUUUAACCUGGCCAAGUCCAACUGGGACCGCAUCAAACAGAUCAUGGCCCUGCACGGCAACAAGCCCAUCCGCUUGCUCAGCCACGGCAACGGUGGAACACGACGGAACACCGCCUCCAACGGUAACAGCCGUGUGGUGCAUAACAAUGGCGCUGCCGCCAAUGAACCUGAGACGAGUCGCAUGCGCCAGCAAAAGCGGAGGCUCGGCCGCCUUCGUCGUCUACGACAACAGAAACUGAUGAGAUCGACAACAACUUUGCCCCCGACAACCACGCCGGUUCCCACGACAACAGAGGCAGAGCCCACCACUGCCUGGUACGACUCGUGGCUCAUAGGAGAGGGGCAAACAUCAGCGCCAGAAGGUUUCACAGACUCCAUCUUGGAUUACAACUACGAGAUCGACGAUUACUAAGGGUAACACCAAGACCGUGUUCCAAUACAUCCUUUCUCCCCAUUUCCUUAAAAUAAUCAAGGUAGGGAGGGAAGAAGUUGAACAGGACCAAUUUGUCAGUCAAGCCCAGACUGUUAACUCAAUUCCUGGACAAUUAAGUGACCCCUUGAAAAUCUGAGUGGACUGGAUAUGUUUAAGCAAUAUGGCUUAAUCUCCAAUAGGAUAGACUCUCUCCCUCCUAUAUUACUGAACCCAUCCAUUCUUUCAGAUCUACAAAUGGGCCACAAGAAGCGUUUAGGUAUAUUUACAGAAACUCAAAAGGAACAAUGAUGUUGAAUAGUCAGGCACACACGCUAAUGUCAAGUGUUCUGUAUAACUGCUUGAGUAGGUCUUUUGAUACAAAGUUCAACACAAAUGAAAAUGUCAGUACCGAUAUCUGGGAAGGUCCUUUUACACCAAUACAAGGCCUUCCUAGAGAAUGUGCUUCAGAGAUCAUGUAUAUGUGCUGGUUGUAAAUUAAAUGUAUUUUUACCACCUCCACCCCUGAAGAGUAAAAACAAAGAAGCAAAAUGUAUUUCUUUGAAAAGUGAGGAUUUAUUUACAUUAUUUUCACCCAUGACAGCAAAACCAUAAUACCGACAGACAUUAAAAUGUUAACUUCACAAAAUGUUAGUUGAAGGUUGAGAGAACUCGAGAGAUUUUCUGAAAUGUUCCUCAUAACGUAGCUGAGGAAAGUUCUUUUUUCAAUGAAUAAAGGCUCAUUUACGUACA